AUGUCACAACGUCUUGACAAUAAGAUAUGGCUCUGGUGCCUUCUAGCUCUUCACGUAGGAUCUGUGUGGGGAACAGCUCGACCAGUUACAGUUAGAACACCACCUAGCAAUCCUUCCACUAUCGAAGCUCAAGCUAAAUUCUUCCAGUAUAGACACUUACCGAAGGCUGACGAGUUUGAUCAGGGACAUCGGUUGGGCAGCGAACGACACUUCACUGAGAGACAUGAGAGGGCCAAGCCCUCUGAAGGACUGUUCUCUGCCAAAGUUCGUUGGGGUGAUAAAAAGGGAGGAUAUGGUGAACAUUACUGGGAUCUGAACCAUGCAGGUAAUGCUGACAACAUUGGAGACGAUGGUGAUGACGGAUCCUACAGAGACUCUCACAAUGAUGAUCCCUACGAUGAACCAAGUAAUAACGCACCAACCUACGGUGAAGAAGAAUAUGACCCAGAAAGGUCAAGCUACGAAGAAACUGGACGAGCAAAACGAGCCCACCCAAAAAGAACAGCACCCAAAAAACAAAACAACAGAGAACGCAACAAUAAUAAUAGAGAGCAAGAAGCAGCUGAAACUUCUCAUGAAGAAGAAUUUGAAGAUGAAGAAGAAGAGGAAAAAACUUAUGAGAAACCAAAACCAAAGAGACAACAGUAUAGGAAGAAAGAAGAUGAUAAUAAGCAAAAAGAAAAGAAUCAAAUAGUAUUAGUAUACUUGCCCCAAGCUCCACAAGUACCUAAACAACAUCUAGAACCACCUCACUUCGUUCCUUACGAAGGUGGAGCAGGAGUAAGACAACAUCAUCAACCAGACGUAACUGCAGCAUCCACCGUCCCAAGACUUUUCUUAGAACCUUCGACUGGUCACGUAGUAGACAGAGCCACGGGGCAAGCUUACGUGUUGCAGCCAAUAGCACCGCAUAAUAAUUACAAUUAG